UAAAGUGUCCAGAAUGAGCUGAACGUUGUUAUUAGAAGCUGCAAGGUGACAACUCCAUCGAUCGAAGGACGCAUAUACGAAGAUGUCUCCGAAAAUUGCAGAUGUCUCACCGUUAUUUCCAAACGAACGCAUUUUAACGACCAACAAGUUGUUUCACUAACCAAACAUUGCAACUAUUUUAGGAUUGCGAGCUGGCUAGCGAGCUAGCACGUCAACUAAUUGCUGACUAGCUGUCGUUAACGGGUAGUCUGCUUACCUCCGGAGGUUGGAAAAGGACUUUGCAUCACUUGGCUGCAUUACGCGUUUACUGUAACGUUUCGAUUCAUUAUUUUGACAAAAUGGACGAGGCAUCUCCGGCGUCGCUGACGGAUCUGUGCCUGGCCCUGGUGAGCUCUAAGCUGGAGUUGUUCUGCGUGAAGCAUGCGGACGGCUCGCUGUGCCUGCGCGAGUCCCUGGUCUUCCCUCAGGAGCUGGCGGACCAGCUGCUCCGCAAGAUGGCCACUGAAGGCCUGCUGAACGACAGCACGGUGGGCAUCUUCCGCAGCUGCCAGCAGCUCCGCCUCCGCAGGGCCUGCAUCCGCACGGCGCGCAUCUCCUCCGAGGCCUUCCACCGCGCCCUCUGCCCGCACCGGCUGCUGGAGCUGGACGCCUCGCGCGUCAACGCCGACCUCACCAUCAGCGACAUCGUGCACGGCCUGGCGAGCAGCAAGGAGCUGUGCGAGAGCCUGCAGAGGCUGGUGCUGAGCGGCCUGACCAUGACCUCGCUGGAGGAGCCCUCGCGACGCUGCUUCGGGGCCCUGCAGGGUCUACGUUCGCUCAGUGUAGCCCACGUGGACUUCUACGACUCGGGGCUGGCGGACGUGUGCACGCUGCCGCGGCUGGAGAGCCUGGAUAUCUCCAGCACCUCUGUCACCAACCUUACGCCGCUGUUGGGGCUGCGCGCACGCCUGCGCUACCUCACCAUGCACCAGCUCAAGAGGCUCGAGAUGACCACCGCACAGCUGCUCGCCGUGCUCAGCCAGCUGGACGGCCUGCAGCACCUGGACAUCUCGGACGAUAAGCAGUUCACGUCGGACGUGGCGCGUCAGCUGCUGGAGAAGCCCGGCAUCCUCCCGGCGCUCGUCUCGCUGGACGUGUCCGGCAGGAAGCAGGUGACGGACGCCGCCGUGCGCUCCUUUGUGGAGGAGAGACCCGGCAUGACCUUCGUGGGACUGCUGGCUACGGACGCUGGCUUCUCCGACUUCCUCUCCGGGGAAGGCACCCUGAAGGUGACAGGGGAGGCUAACGAGACUCAGAUCUGUGAGGCAUUGCGUCGCUACAGCGAGCGCGAGGGCUUUGUGAGGGAGGCUCUCUUCCACCUCUUCAGCCUCACACACGUCAUGGAGAAACCUCGACCCGACAUCCUCAAGCUGGUUGCAAUGGGCAUGAGGAAUCACCCCUCCACCCUGAACGUGCAGCUGGCUGCGAGUGCGUGUGUCUUCAACCUGACCAAGCAGGACCUGGCGCUGGGGAUGCCCGUACGCCUGCUCAGCUCCAUCACACAGCUGCUGCUGGAGGCCAUGAAGACUUUCCCCAACCACCAGCAGCUGCAGAAGAACUGCCUGCUGUCCCUGUGUAGUGAUCGCAUACUGCAGGAGGUGCCUUUUAACAGAUUUGAGGCAGCUAAGCUGGUGAUGCAGUGGCUCUGCAACCAUGAGGACCAGAACAUGCAGCGCAUGGCAGUAGCCAUCAUCUCCAUCCUGGCCGCCAAGUUAUCUACGGAGCAGACAGCACAGCUGGGUGCCGAGCUCUUCAUCGUCAAUCAACUGCUGCAUAUCGUGCGGCAGAAGACGCUGCAGACGGUGGUGGACGCCACCCUGAAGUUCACGCUGAGCGCCCUCUGGAACCUGACGGACGAGUCGCCCACCACCUGCCGACACUUCAUAGAGAACCAGGGCCUGGAGCUCUUCAUCAAGGUGCUGGAGUCCUUCCCGUCAGAGUCCUCCAUUCAACAGAAAGUGUUGGGCUUACUGAACAACAUUGCGGAGGUGUGUGAGCUUCACUCAGAGCUAAUGGACCAGCGUUUCCUGACCCACAUCAGCACGCUGCUCCACAGCCCCGAGGUGGAGGUCAGCUACUUCGCCGCCGGCAUCCUGGCCCACCUCACCUCCCGCGGCGAGGGGCUCUGGACACUAGACCUGCCCCUGCGCAGCGCACUGCUAGAACAACUGCAUGCAGCUAUUAUCAAGUGGCCCCCUCCGGACUGUGAGAUGGUGGCGUACAGGUCAUUUAACCCAUUCUUCCCCCUGCUGGAGUGUUUCCAUACGCCUGGAGUGCAGCUGUGGGCAGCUUGGGCCAUGCAACACGUCUGCAGCAAGAAUGCGGGGCGUUACUGCAGCAUGCUGCUGGCUGAGGGCGGUCUGGCUCAGCUGGAGUCGGUGCGGUCCAACCCCAAUACCCACAAGGACGUGCGCUCGCUAACCGACGGCAUCCUGGACUCACUACAGAAACACCAGGCACGCACCGGACAGAUGCCCCCGCAGCGGUGUCACACACACACACAUAAAGAGAGAGAUGCGCAGUGACACGGGCCAACCCCACGGGCUGCAAGAUGCCAAACAGCCGAAAGAACUGGACACUUGGUCUGGGUGCUUAAUUACUGACAAGGAUGUGUGUGUGUGUGCGCGUGCGCGUGCGUGUGCGUGUGUGUAUGUGUGUUUUUGUGCGCACGCGCAUUUGUGUGACAAAGACACACAAGUGUAAGUAUGGUACUGUGUUAAUGACUUUGUGUGUGUGUGUGUGUGUCUAUGACUAUGUGUGCACGCACUUUGGUGUAGGGUCUACAUACAACAUGGGAUGGGAUGAAACGCGACGAUCUCUCGACCUCUGUAGAGGUAGAGGGGGGUCCAGAGUGUGGAACUGAGGGAAGGGGGAUCGUAGAGGGAGGACAUUAGACUAGAGUUGGCACGGUAUGUGCCAUCGAAGAUUGUGCUCAUCCCAGAAAAAAGAUGCAGGACAAAGGCUGCCUGUAAUUUUAGAGUGAGGUGUCGGCACUUAAAGUCAAAGUUUAUCUUUGUUUGUUUCUUCCAUGGCAGGAUAGGAUGACUUCAUCAAAGUCAACAGUCGAAACGUCAUCUUAUCUUGCCAUGGAAUUAGGAAAUAAAGAAAAAACAGGGUUCCCACUGGUGCUUGAAUUCCUUGAAAAUGCUUGAAUUUCAAUUAAGUGUUUUCAAGGUUGUGAAAUUCCUUGAAUGUUUGGUGAAGUGCUUGAAAAUGCUUGAAAUUUGUGUCAAAUCAAACUCAGUAAGCGGGAGAUGUCAGAUGGGAAUUGCCAUUCGACACCCUAAAACUGAUAAGGAUGCAGGAAAUUGCAUCUUAAAAACACAAAAUUUUCUCAAAAAUGUCGCAAAUUUUUCCCACACCCCCUUCCCGCGACCUAUUAAAGGUGCUGGAAAACUGAAAAUUUGGUGCGUGAAGGUGCUUGAAAAGUGCUUGAAUUUGUUCAUGAAAAAGGUGUGGGAACCCUGAAAAAAGGAUUUUAAGUGUGUGCACUCCUCACUCUAAAACAGAGACGGCAAGUACAGCCACUGUCUUCUGUAGGUAGCCUGAACCCCAUUUCUCAAAAGUGUUGUUGCUAGCCAGUUAGCAACUUACUUGGUUUUCCAAUGGGAAAUAUCAUUGCAACUAAGUAAGUAGCUAACUUAGCAACGACGCUGCUGAGAAAUGCACCCCUGUGCUCUUCAGUCAAUGCAAAUCAAUGGAAUGGCCUUAAACUAUGUGACUGUGAAGUGACACAUUCAUCAAGGACCAGAUUUGAAGUGGUAGGCCAAACAUCUACCUAAAUCAUGAGUCAAUACAGUAUAUUUUCAAAUCAGUUGAUAUUAGUUACUAGAUCGAUAUUUGGCAGCGUAUUCAACUCUAGUCUAAUGUUCUACCUCUAGCAGUGAUUCUCAAAGUGUGGUCUGGGGACCACUGGUGGUCUGCGACAGAGCUCAGGUGGUCCGAGAGGGGAUUUCUACUUUUCCAAGACGAGCUCGCAGUAAGCUAUAUUUGUAUCAUUAUUACAAAACUAAACACAGCUUAAGUGUCAUUUUCACUACAAUAAGACAAGCUUGUAGAUGUGAAUAAAAAGUGAGUGAUCUGCAUCGAUUUAAUUUGCAGUGUCAAAUUAGCGCCCCUGAACUGUCAAUUCAGUUGACAGGUGGUCCCUGAACAUUAUUGGGGUGACGACAAAGUGGUCCUCGGUCUGAAUAAGUUUGAGAAACACUGCUGUAUGGGGGAGGGUCGUGGGUGGAUCGUGGGUGGAUUGGACAUGAGUGAGAGGGGAGAAGCUCAAACUAAUGCAUUUUUUUGCACACACUAAAUGAUGUUAUUUAUUAUUACUCCAUGUCUGUUUUACGUAGGAGACUUCAUCAUGACUAUCAUGAAUCCGUUGUUGUUACUAAGACGAUGAGAGAAAAGGAAAAUAAUAUAAAGGAACGGGCAACAGAGGACAACAGGCAUGACGGCUUACUGUGUGUGUGUGUGUGUGUGUGUGUGUGUGUGUGUGUGUGUGUGUGUGUGUGUGUGUGUGUGUGUGUGUGUGUGUGUGUGUGUGUGUGUGUGUGUGUGUGUGUGUGUAUGUGUGUGGACAAAAGGCAUGACUGCUUACUGUGCGAGUGAUGUUAACCUGUACAUAGAGCACAGUGCACCAGUGAGGAGUCUUUCACUGUGUGUGUGCGUGCGUUAGAGAAAGAGAGAGAGUGUGUGUGCGUAUACGUGUGCAAACAAAGACAGAGCAAAAGAUGUGUUUAUAGAUGUGUGUUGUGUGUGUGUGUAUAGGCUGGGGCCAGGGGAGGGAGAGAGGGAGGGAGAGAGGGGGAGAGAAAGAUAGAGAGAGAGAGAAAGAGUGUGUGUGUGUGUGUGUGUGUGUUUGUUUGUUUGUUUAUAGUGUGUGUUGUGUGUGUGUGUAUUGGCCGGGGCCAGGGGAGGGAGAGAGGGAGAGGGAGAGAGAGAGAGAAAGAGUGUAUGUGUGUGUGUGUUUGUUUGUUUAUAG